AUGGCACCGGACGUCGCGCCAGACAUUAAGCUGGACUUAAUCAAGCAGGCGUGUGAAUCUUGUCGUCGUAGAAAGUUGAAGUGUACCAAGAGCCUCCCCAAAUGUGAAAAGUGCCAGAGUCACAAUUGGAACUGUUGUUACACUCCCAAGAUUGUACGGACGCCAUUGACUCGUCAGCAAUUGACGGAGAUGGAAGUGCGGUGCUGGAAAUUGGAUAAACUAGUGGCUCGACUCGUCACAGACCAAUCGGUCGACGAACUAUUGUUGACAAUUCCUGAUCCUACAGAGGAGGAUUUCGUGAGGAAAAACUCCGGGUCUGGCAAACCAAAGUAUUUGCUUCACGAUGGAGAAAUCAUCACUUUACAGCCCGAUCAAAGAAUCACCGAUUAUCUCAACCAAUUGAACAUUCCAACAAUUAACAAGCCCGGCUCUGCCUCUUCUAACACUUCAGGUAAUAACAACCCCAACAUGACGAACAAAGAUCCAAGUCAUAAACGGUCAAAGUCCUCAAUUAUCGACUUUCAAAAGGACAACACUACAAGGCCUGCCGACCCACAGUUUCAACAACAAUCAUUCCAACCAUCGUCUCAUUCAGCAGGCAAUCCCUUAGAUGAUAUUUGUGUUGAUCGCAGAGCUUCGUCGUCAUUUCUUGACCCAUCAAACCAUGUCCCAAAUCAACCUUCCAAUAAUAAUUUGAAAAUCAAAUCAGAAGAAGGUCCUGAACUUCUGAACUCUGAUUCAGAAACUAAUGUCUCCUCCCACAACAAUGAAAGGGAAAAGGAUUAUUAUGCCGACGAUAUUCGACCAUCAAUGGACUCACAUAGUUCUGAUUUUAUCCUUGUAGAUCCACUAUACGGGUUUGAUUGGGAGGAAGAAAUUGUCAGCAAGAUACUAAGAAUCAAUGAAAACACUCCCAAGAGUCUGGCCAAUGGAACAAUACUAGAAGGAUCCCAACAGACGAAAAGUCAAUCUAAUAUCAAAAAGACCAGAAAACCCAGCUUGAGUUCUUCUACCCCUACAAAGAAAAAUAAUUUCUUAGUCAAUAACUCCCUUAUUUAUUCAAGAUCAAGAUCAAUAUCCGGGGCAGCCACCUCGUCUCAGCAAGCGGCAUCUUCAUCCAGAAAUCGGAAGUUUCCCGUUAGGUCUAAAUCUCAAGAGUUUCGGAAAGCCCCAACCACUUAUUCUUCGGCUGACAUUUCCGAUGGUAUGGCGGCGUUGAAUUUGAACCCUGAAGGGAAAGGUUAUUAUGGUAUGGCGUCUUCAGCGGAAACCGUGAGAAAUUUGAAUAUGAAGUAUGAAAGUUUGAGGAAUGUCCAAAAAGAAAGCAAAUUGGAACGCGUCGUCACCGAUAACUUAACCAACAAUAAUUACGGCAAUGAAAAUCAAGAAAACAUUGCAAACACUGCCGAUACCAGUAAAAAAUCGAAACGAAAUUCUAUCAGACCAUCAAUAUCCUCUAGUCCUAUUUCUUUGGAAAAAGACUCCACAAUCAAUGCUAGUAUCGCGUCAGUGGCCCAGGCGUUACCGUAUCAUGAAUCCGAAUCUUCUGAUAAUAGCAACUUUUCCCUGAUGCAAAACAUAAAUGAUGGACACAUUGACCAACUUGAAAAUACCGUUCUCACUGCCCAAAAAGCUAAUGAAUAUGUGAAAUCGUACUUUGAAAUAUAUCACACUUCUUACCCAUUUUUACAUGCCAAAACUUUUAUGACCCAUUUCAAUGAUCCUUCAUCACUUGCGCCACACCAAGUCAAAGCAUUUGAAAUUUUGAAGUUGACAAUCUGCGCGCUUGGUUGUUGGUGUGCCAGCGACAAAGAUUCUAUUGUCGAUUUACAGAUUUAUGCCAUUGCGAGACACAAGUUGGGGAACUAUGUAUUUGAACACGGUAACAUUUUCGUGACGUUGGCAUUGGUGUUGUUAUCAAAUUAUAUUCAAAAAAGAGAUUUCCCAAACACCGGUUGGGCAUAUUUGGGGACAGCGGUUCGUCAUGCUCUCGGGUUAGCGUUACACGAAACUAUUAAAGGGGCUAGCCCUUUGGAACAAGAAAUCCGGAAUCGUAUCUGGUGGGGGUUAUAUAUAUUUGAUGUUGGUACUGCCAUCACUUGGGGUAGACCAAUCCAAUUACCUAACGUUGAUGAAAUUAGAAUUGAAUGUGUCCGGAAUAUCCCCGACGAAAUUUGGGAUGAAUAUGAUGCCUCAUUAGGACCGGACCAUGAUAAUAAUAAAAAUUUAAAGUUGAGCCAGGAUAGAAACUUCCCGACCCUUUACUCUGGUUUCAUUGCCCAAGUUAAAUUCACCCAUAUUUCGUCACGGAUUUACAACAGAACUUUAUCGAAGAAAAAACUCACUUUAGCAGAAUGUCUAAAAUUGAACAAUGAGAUUGAAGAAUUCAGUAAAGCAUUACCAUCAUACUUGUCUCUCGAUGGUAAAAUCUUUCAACAAUACAUUACAUCUCACUACCAUAAAUCAAUGAAGCCUCCAAAUUGGCUUUAUUUGACAAGGUACAGAUUACUUUGGCGGGUGAAGAACUUGCAAAACGUGUUGUUUAAAUCGGUGUUACUUUAUAAGAAAGGUCCACUUUUCAUGAAAUCAGAUCCUAUCGAAGUAUUCCAUUCCAUUUGUUUGUGCCUUGACUCGUCUAGAGAAACCAUUGAAUCUGUUACUGAAUACAACCAUAUAUGUGAGCUGAAUCGUUUGGCGGCUUGGUAUGCCAUUUACUUUUCUUUCCAUGCGGUUGUUAUUCCAAUGUAUUGUUUGCUUCGUGAGCCACAUUCUAAAUUUGUUAAUCAAUGGCUUCAUGAUUUGCAAUUCUUGAGGAUCAUGCUCGUACAAUAUAGUUCUCAAAGUGCAUUGUGUGACAAAUUUGUCAAAUUGAUCGAUCGAUCUACCGAAGAAUACCAUAUUUUGAUCUUGGACCAUCAUAAUAAUUCCUCCUCAGGCAACAAAAAUAAAUCGAGAAAAAAUUCGCCGAUGAAUGAUAACGAUGGCGAUGAUGAAACGAUGUUUGGGAUGCAAAACACCGGGUUUAAAAAACCAGUGUUUAACAAUGCUUUUAGCUUUAAUGGCAAGUCCACCGGUUCUUCUACUCGAGGCGCUAACUCUCUGGAAGAUAGAAAAUCCAGCAAGAGAAAACAUAGUUUUGAUAAUGCUCUUGAUCCUACUGCUGGAAUGAAUGUGUUACCGAUUAAUAUUAUUGAAUUACGGAAAAGAAACAGUGGUAUUUUCAAAAGGGGAACUGGAAGUAGAGCCAGUAGUGGAUCGAUUAGUGUUAGUAAUGGACUAGUUAGUAAUGGUGAUGUAAAUACUGUCAUGGUAGGGAAGAAUAAUGAGGCGGUGACGAUAACUAAAAAUGAACCUACUGAUCAAUUUGGAGAUGCUAUAUUCAGACCAGUCCACGAUGCUUCAGUGCAACAGCCGCAACAGACACCUCAUCCGUCAUUGAUGUCGCAAGGACAAGCUAUUCCGAUUCAACAACACCAUCAAACCGCGACUCAUAUCCAUACUAGCAAUCCUCAAGGAUCACAAUUACCUAGUCAGUCGCACCAAUUUUCUACCCCUCAAUAUCAAGGUUUGCCACAACAAGUACCCCAACAAGUACCCCAACAAAUACCAUUCUUGAACUCGAUGGUGACCCCACCACAUUAUGUUCCGGUUCAAAUGUCGGUUCCUAUGAUGAAUAAUCAAGUGAGGUUACAGCAACCGAAUCCUCAACUGCAUCACCAAGCCCAACAACAAAUGAAUUUGCAAGCCCAAGCUUCAAUGAUCCAUAAUACCAGUAAUGAAACUGCUAAUGCUAAUAAUAAUAAUAAUAAUAAUAAUAAUAAUAACCAACGUCGGGAAUCUGCGGUUGGUAAUAUUAGUAGCACCUACUUGGCUCCUCAACCACCAAACCAGGGAUUUUCCAGGAAAGGCAGUGUUAGUGCCCAACCAAUGCAACCAAUGCAACUUCAGAAUCUGGGAAUACAAGCAACAGUCCACCAAGUUCCUCAAUCGGCGCCACCACAAAUGGUGACCUCAGCCAUUGAUCCAACAACCGCUAUGCCUCCGCCAACCGCGCCGGCUCAAACAAUGUUAACCAUGAGUCAAGGGGAUAUGACCAUGGGAGGAAUGAUGGGCGGGAUGAUUCCUCGGGGUCAACAAUUAGGGUAUUCUGGAUCAUCUGCGUCGUUGAGCUCUAAUGCUGGGUCUACUAUAAGCACCCAGUUGAGCACUUUGGGUGAUGGCGAGAAGGUUGGAGAUAAUUUGAUGAUGUCAGAGUUUAACAGUAGGGGGUAUGUGGGUGGUAUCGAUGGUAGUGAACAAAAUCGACAACAACAUCAACAACAACAGCAACCUAUUCAGCAGCAACAACAACAACCUAUACAACAAGUACAACCACAACUUGUAUCCCAAAUGGAACAUCAAAUUCCUCAACCCCAGACUCUACCACCACCACAACAACAACAACAACAGCAACAGCCACAUCAUCAUCAUCACCAACAACAACAACAACAACAACAACAACAACAACAACAACAACAACAACAACAACAACAACAACAACAGCAGCAACUCAUGCAGAAUGGUAUGCAUCAGUUACAAGCACCACCGUCAUCUAUGUCAUAUAACUCCAAUACCCAACAGGCUUAUAAUACCCUACACGUUUUGUUUGAAAAUGAGAAUGUCGAUUUCCUGAAUUAUUCAUAUGCGCUUAACAUUCAAGAUUUUGGGGAAUUAGAUUUUUCAAAUGGUGGAGGAUACGAUUUUAAUUCUAAUGGGAGAAAUCCUGGGAUGUGA